UUAAGCGACCGAAGUUUUGUUUACAUUUCGGCGAAGAAGAAAAAAAAUAAACAAAAAAUUGAAAGAAGAGGAAAUAAAUAUAAAAAAAGGGGGUGAAAUAGGAACGAAGGGAUAGUAAAAGAGAGGAAAUAAACAAGAUAGAUACAGAAGACCAUGUCGGGAGCUGCCUUAGGAUUGGUCCAGUAUGUGGUGGUGCGGUCAGACCUCAUGACAAAUCUAGCCUGGCCUGUGGGGGCGGUCAUUGCCCAGGCCUGCCACGCAUCCACAGCUGUUGCUCAUCUCUACCGGGAAGACCAAAACAUGCAGCGGUACCUGGCGGAUCUCGAUAAUAUGCACAAGGUUGUUCUAGGGAUCGAGAGCGAGACGAAAAUCCGAAACCUUUCAGAAAAACUUCAGGAGGCGGUGAUCGACCACAAACUCUGGAUAGAACAGCCAGAGGACACGCCCACUUGUCUCGUGACCAAGCCUUACCCUAAGGACGAAGUGAGCCGUUUUUUUAAGAAGUUGAAAUUGUUUAAGAUGGAUAGCCCUGCCAGUUCCAGCGUAAAUUCGAGUAAUUAAUCAAGAAUAGUGGUUGUUUUCCUUUAUUUUGUUAUUAUGAUCAUCUUUCUCUCACGAUUAUUCCCUCUCUGCUGUUCCUGUUUUUCCGGCUCUCUUAUUCCAGCUAAGUGAACCGUCUUCAUUAUUAGAGAUAAUAUAAUGAUUUGAAAAUGGCUUGUUCGUCCUUCAAGUGCAGUCUGGCUACUUCUUCAAGAUUUGCUGAGAAAAUGCUAAUGGAAUUUCUUGUUAUAUUUUGAGGCUUAUAUUUGUUCGAGGAGCCGUUUUGAAUUGCCAUGUGGCCCCGUUUGAGAAGUUAUCGGUGUUAAUUUAUCUUUCCCUGUGGGUAUGUUUUUACUUUUAUCGAUAUCUUAUGAAUGUUCUCAUCAUCUUUAUUAUUGUUGUUAUUAUUAUUAUUAUCAUUAUUAUUAUUAUUAUUAUUAUUAUUAUUAUUAUUAUUAAUAUUGUCAUUAUUGUUAUUAUUAUUUUUAUUAUUAUCAUUGUUAUUUUUAUUAUUAUUGCUAUUACUAUUACUAAUACUAAUACUAUUAUUAUUACUAUUAUUAUCUCCUCUUACAUUUUUUAAAUGCCAAAUGAGAGUAUUAAUGCAAAGUCCUUCCUUCCAAAACCUGAUAUGAUAUAUUUAGGUCUUUUUUAUAAAUACAAAAUUAAGGCUCUAUAUAGAAUUGUGGUUUUAUAUUUUUUUCUUCAUUGCUUGAAUAGAUAGAUAUUAUGAAUAAUGAAUAAAGAAGUUCAAUCAUA